CUCUCUCUCUCUCUCUCUCUCUCUCUCUCACGCGCGCACACACACACACACAGCAUAUAUAGCUCAUGACAACCCUGAUUAUAUGAACAGAGAGAGAGAGAGAGAGAGAGAGAGAGAGAGGUGUAAAGUUGUUGAAGACAUAUAGAUAGAUUGAAUUGAUUUGAAGAAUUUAGAAUAGAUAUGGAGAGGGGAUGGAGAGGGUUGUAUAUUUCUGCAUCAUCAGUUGCAGGAAUGGGGUUGAUGAUGAUGAUGAUGAUGAUGAUGGGGAGGGGAGAUGGACAGAGAUUAAUGGAGAACUUCUACAGCUCAAGCUGUCCAAACGUAGAACUGAUCGUCCGGCAGACAGUGUCCACCAAGUUUUCCCAGACCUUCACCACCGUUCCAGCCACCCUCCGCCUCUUCUUCCACGACUGCUUUAUUCAGGGAUGUGAUGCCUCAAUUCUGAUUGCAUCACCGAAUGGGGAUGCAGAGAAGGAUGCCACAGAAAAUCUCUCACUUGCUGGAGAUGGGUUUGAUACGGUAACCAAGGCAAAGCAAGCAGUGGAGGCAGUAUGCCCUGGCGUAGUCUCCUGUGCUGAUAUUAUGGCCAUUGCUGCCAGAGAUGUUAUAGGCCUGGGAGGUGGCCCUUCAUUUAGUGUGGAAUUGGGACGCCGCGAUGGCCUGAUCUCCCAGGCAUCUCAGGUGGCUGCAAAUCUGCCAAAACCCUCCUUUGAUCUUGGCCAGCUCAAUGCCUUAUUUGCCAAGAAAAAUCUUAGCCAAAUAGACAUGAUCGCCCUGUCUGGGGCACACACAGUGGGCUUCUCCCACUGCAACGUCUUUGCAAACCGACUGUACUCUUUCUCCUCCUCCGCUCAAGUUGAUCCUUCUCUGGAUCCAAAGUAUGCCCAGCAGCUAAUCUCCGCCUGUCCCCAGAACGUAGAUCCCAGCAUAGCCAUCGACAUGGAUCCCAUAACCCCGCGAACUUUUGACAACGUAUACUACCAAAAUCUGGUUGCCGGGCAAGGCUUGUUCACUUCGGAUGAGGUGCUCUUCACCAAUCCAGCAUCUCAGCCUACAGUUCGCGACUUCGCCAGCAACCCAGGUGACUUCAACGGAGCAUUCAUCACAGCAAUGAGGAAGCUUGGGAGGGUCGGUGUCAAAACAGGUAGCCAAGGGGAGAUUCGGAAAGAUUGCAGCACCUUCAAUUCAUAAAUCCAGCAAAAGAUUAAUUCUGCAAAUCAGCAUUAUUAUGAAAUAACAUUCUCCAAGAGAUUCUUCAGAGCCAUGCAAAUUGUAGUUAUCCGCAAUCCAAGUGCAUACUCUGUGUGUGCGCGCGCGCGCUUUUAUAUAUAUACACUGCAUUGGUGCAUUUACAUGUC